GCCGGGGGUAACUGCGAGCUCGUAUGACGGUUGCGGUGUUACAGGCGGCUAGGCUAAGGGAUCCACCUGAGGCUUCUCCCUCAUGAGGGCCCUUGUGCGCGUUUUACGAGCCAACUUUUAUUACACUUGCUUUCGCGGCGGGCAACCACAUCAUAAACGCACAAUGCAAGAGCGUCCCAGCGCAACAUAAAAGGAGGGACGGGUUAGCAGGCCCCGACAUCCUCCCAUCGAUUUCUGCCCAACAAUCUCAUCUCUCAGUCCAAAAUGAAGAUCGCUAGUCUCUUGGCCCUCGCCACCCUUGCUGCCGGAGCGUCCGCCGCAUCGACCAAAUCAUGCUCCAAUUUUGACAACGUCAAGAUCCGCGCUGCUCCCAACACCAAGUCCUCCACCAAGGUCCUCGGGCUUUUGCAAAAGAACAAAUGCGUUCCUUGCGCCGGGGGUAACUGCGAGCUCGUCGCGGGCGGCUCCUAUGACGGUUGCGGUGUUACAGGUGGUACAUCUUGGACCAAGGUCACCUACACCCUUCCUUCUGGCAAGGCCACGGGAUACAUUGCCUAUAUGUGCCAACAUUGGAAAUAAGCAUCUGCCUGAUUAGUGGUGAUAGAAUAGAACAUAGGGACUCCUUUGAUAUCUGCUAGUGGUCAAUGCGUCGCUUUCACGUCUCUCAGUACACCGACAGCUAUCACUACAUGCUCUCAGGAUUCCAUAGAUGUUUCUCCAUAUGACGCAGCUCAUCCCGUCCUCAACGCGGAACAUAUGCAAAUAGCCCUAGGUGUUUAGAAUCUGCUUUAGAUCUUAUCAAUUAUGGCCAAUACAGUAAGUUGAGGAGGUCAGAUCCGAGAUAUACAAAGU